AUGGCUACCCCUAGUGUCCUCAGUUUUGACGCUGAGGGUCGGGCCAUUGAACAUGACGUCUGGGUAGAUGACCUGCAGCUUUUCCUACAGUGCGAUAGGGCAGACGGUCUCUCCCUCUUUGACCUCACCUCUGGUGCCUCCCCUGCCCCUGCUGCUGAUGCCGACGCCACUGUUCGCUCACAGUGGGCCACACGCGAUGCUGUUGCACGUCUUGCUGUGCGUCGCCACCUGCCUACCUCUGAGCGUGCGCACUUUAGUCAGUACAAGAGUGCUCAGACCUUGUACGAGGCUGUAGUUGCACGCUACUCCUCCCCUGCCACUGCUGCACUGAGCCGCCUCAUGCUACCGUACCUCUUCCCUGACCUUGCUGCCUUUCCCACAGUCGCUGACCUGAUUACGCACCUCCGCACUAGUGACACUCGCUACCGCGCUGCGCUUCCUGCUGAGGACCACUUCCUCUCAGUUUGCCCCACCACUCUCACCGUUGACCUCCUCGAGAAGGCCCUCCUAGCAGAAGAGAAGAGCAUAGUAGCUGUAGGAGCCUCUCGUGGUGACCCUCGCACCCCCAUCUUUGAGGGGUGUUCCCCCUCCCCCCUUUUGCCCUCUGUUGCCUCUGCUGCUGCGGCUGACCUCGUUGGGCUUGAGUCGGUCGGUGCGGCGUCUACCCCUAGCAGGAGACGCUGCCCUGGCAAGGGCAAGGGGGGCAGGGGCGCUGGAGGAGCUAGCGUGGGCGGUGGAGGAGGCGGUGGAGGCGGUGGAGGGGGUGGGGGUGGCGGUGGGGGUGGUGGCGGGGGUGGAGGUGUCGGUGGCGGCAGUGGAGGCGGAGGCGGCGGUGGCGGUGGGAGCGGAGUUGGCGGAGCUUCCGCUGCUAAUCUGUGUUCGGCACGCCCCGUGACGUGCCCCUUGCCCUACUUUUCGCGGUCCCGUCGCCGCCCUUUCAACGGCCCCGUCGCCUACCUGCGGCCCUACGGCCCCGUCUCCUACCUGCGGCCCCGUUGCCUACCUGCGGCCCUACGGCCCCGUCGCCUACCUGCGGCCCUACGGCCCCGUCGCCUUCCUGCGGCCCUACGGCCCCGUCGCCUACCUGCGGCCCUACGGCCCCGUCGCCUACCUGUGGCCCCGGCCCCGUCGCCUUCCUGCGGCCCCGGCCCCGUCGCCUACCUGCGGCCCUACGGCCCCGUCGCCUACAUGCGGCCCUACGGCCCCGUUGCCUACCUGCGGCCCUACGGCCCCGUCGCCUACCUGCGGCCCCGGCCCCGUCGCCUUCCUGCGGCCCCGGCCCCGUCGCCUCACUACGGCCCCGGCCCAGUCGCCCACCUGCGGCCCCGGCCUCGUCACCUAACUGCGGCCCCGGCCACGUCGCCUCCUUGCAGCCCCAUCCCCGUCGUCACCUGCCGCCCCGCCACCUGCGGCCCCGUCGCCCACUUCGGCCCCGAUGCCACCUGCGGCCCCGCCCACUUGCGGCCCCGACCCCGCCCCGGCCAUGCCCCGUCGCCAGCCGCGGCACACCGGGGGCACGUGCACCGCCCCCCCCCCCCUUUUCCCGUCACCCGUCGCGGCUCCUUCGGGGGCCACACGUGGCCCCCUCAGGUCACCUCGACAGGUGCAGGGAGGGGCGACCUGGAAGGGGGGGGCAAGCGUCGCCCCCUCUGCCGCCUGCUUUGGCGCACGGGGAGGCCGUGCGUCGCCCCCCCCCCCCCCCCCCCUCUCCUCCUCCUUUUGUUCCCGCUGCUGCAGCUGCCGCUGGGGGGGAGGGUGUGA